AGCAUUACAUCGCAUUCACGCAGCGGGACUUGGUGCGCACUUUCAACAUGCUUCUUGAAGAACAGAGAUUUAUUCAUGAGGAUUUGGAGCGGCUGGAGCAGGCUAUUGCCGACCGCGUUGCUGAAGAGCCCCGUAACUUACGGGAUCGCCUCAAUCGCGACCAUGAAAUCUCACACUUCCUCAACCGCAUAGAAGAGCAGUCGAAGAGGCUGCUUGACAUUUAUAAAGAUGCUGAUGGCGCGCGCAACAAGGAAAUUCAAGCUAUCUCAACCGGCGACCAGUUCGAGGAGUUUUACCGACAGCUGGACGAAAUCAAGGACUUUCACAAGCGCUAUCCCAAUGAACCGGUCGAGAAUCUCGAGCGCGCUUACAAGCGCCGUCAGCUCGGCGACGGCGAAACGACGGGGAUGGAAGUUGACAAUCUGUUUACUGGAGAGGAGAGCUACGGACAGUUCCUGGAUUUGACGACCUUACACGAGGAGUACCUCAAUCUUCCUGGAGUCAAGCGACUUUCGUACAUUCAGUAUCUCGACAUCUUCGAUGCCUUCACGCCCCCGCAGCUUCCGAUCAAGCGCAGCAACAAAAUUUCGGAUAAAUACUUCAAGUACGUUGGCGGACUCGCGAGCUACCUGGAAAGCUUUAUCAAGAAGGUCCGGCCACUGCAGGAUCUUGGCAAGCUUUUUGCCAGCUUCGACGAGGAAUUCGAGAAGCAAUGGUCGGCUAACGAAGUUCCGGGAUGGACGGAGGAGAAGGCCGAGAAUGGGGCUCAGGGUCCUAAGACUGAAGGGACCGGCGAGGGUAUCUGGUGUGCCGACUGCGAGAGGGAGUUCAAGAAUGAGAAUGUCUACAAGAAUCAUUUGACGGGCAAGAAGCACAUCCGAGCUGCUGAGGCUCGUAAAGCUGCUGGAGACUCCGGCGACAGACCUGCACCAUCUGCAGGUGCUGGGAUUUCAGGUGCCCACAAACUCAAGGAACGCGCGGUAGCAGAGCGGGAACAUCGCGUCCGGUCUCUUACACAAGUUCUCAGUUCAGAGCGUGAGGCGACAAAGAUCAACGUCGAGCGCAAGCAGGGCAUGACUGAAAGGGAACGUCAGAUGGAGCUCGAGGCGCUCAUGAACGAGUCGGAGUAUCCCGGCGGAGAUCGUGGAAACGAUCAAUCUGAUGACGAAGGGGACGACCGAAUCUACAACCCUCUGAAGCUGCCACUUGCUUGGGACGGGAAGCCCAUUCCUUACUGGCUUUAUAAGCUGCAUGGUCUUGGUGUGGAAUACCCAUGCGAAAUUUGCGGAAACUUCGUAUACAUGGGUCGCCGCGCCUUUGACAAGCACUUUUCUGAAGCUCUGCACAUUUUCGGUCUGAAGUGCUUGGGCAUCACAUCGAACACCAACCUUUUCCGCGAGAUCACUCGAAUCGAUGAGGCAUUGCGGUUAUGGGAGAAGCUCGAAAAGGACCGCAAGAAGGAUAGAGACAACCGUGACAACGUCGUACAGAUGGAGGAUGCGGAAGGAAACGUCAUGCCGGAGAGGAUCUAUCUUGAUCUCCAAAAACAGGGUAUCUUGUAACCGGCAAACUUCCGUUAUGCCCUUCAGCCGAUCAGUCUCACCUAUUUGUCUCGUUGCUUAAUUUGAAAAGCCUGGAGUUUGGCGGUGUCAUUGUUUCUCUAAUUACUUAUGGUUAACUGGACCACUGGGACCCUCGUUGGUUAGAAUUGACUGGUUCUGUGCAGAAACUUAUACACUCUCGCGCAUUCUGUAUUUUAUACAAGAAAUUCAUGAGCAUGA